GCCAAUAUUCACAACAACAACAGCAACAGAGGAGAGAAGGCUCUCAUUUACCAUGGACAUAUCUUUCGAUGAUUCAUUCAAUGACCCUAACCACAGCCUCUACCGCAACACUUUAAACGCUAUUAGAAAUAAAAGCCAGGAGUUCAUCUCAACUUUUAAAACAGUGAAGAUAAAUCAGUUCCGGAGUGGAAGCACCAUCUGUGACUAUACUGUAACAGCAACUUCUUUUCAAGAAUUGGAAAUUCCAGCCGUAAAAGCAGGGGUAUUUAGAGAGCUGUCAAAAAAAUACCCAGUGCGAUUUAUCAGCCAGGAGUCCUUAAGGUUUAACCCAGAUCCAGUAGUUUUUCGUAAACCAGUAACUGUGAGAUGUGGCCCACCACCAGAGAAUCUUAAUUUUGGUACCGAGUGGGAAGCAAAGUGGAGACUCAACAGCAUAGAAAUACCAACGGAUGAGCUACACAAAUUUUCAAAAGACAGUGGAGCAUCAGUCUUAACUGUGUCAAAAUUUUUCAGUACGGACAAAGGACGUUAUGAAUGUACGCUGAAAAGAAGAGACAACUCAACUUUCAGACAGACACAUAAACUCAGAAAUACAUUCAACCCACCCCUGAUCGAAGUGAAACCAGUCUCAAAAACUGUUCAAUGUGAGGCUGGAAAGGAACAGCUCCUGCAGUGUUCUGUCAACAGCCCUUAUGAGGUUGAGUUUAAAGGAUUGUCCAAUACAGAAACAGGCAGAGAAAUCAGGUAUCCGUUUAUAAUGUCGGCCUCUGACUGCGUCAAUCCGGAAAAGACGUUCACCUGUCAAGUGAAAAACCAUGAAAGGUUUACAAAAACUAUAACACUGCAGUUAUCCACAAACACAAGUUUUCACUGUGACGAUGAAACAUUUGGUGUUGGUAAUAGAGGUGAUACAGCUAAAAUUCCCUGUGGAGAAGAAGAAGGGGAGGAAGAGAAGGAGGGGAACAUCACAGCAGAAUGUUUGCAAAAUGGUACAUGGGGGAAUAAGCAAAAAAACUGCAUCCUACGAUAGGUUCU